AGCCAGCGCGCAGGCGACUGCUUCUGCCGCCUCCUCCCGCAGCGGCUGCGCCUGCGGUCCGCCCCCGCGGAGCCCGUCCUGCCUUUGCACGGUGGUGACUCUCCCUCCCUGCCUCCCUCCGCCCGCCCCGAACUUUGGAGAGCUCGCUGCGGAGAGCGCAAGAGAGCGCGGGGCCGCCAGCCAUCAUGGCUCAGGAGUGAUGGAGCCGAGGCCGGCUAGCUGAGCUCCUGGCAGGGCAGCGGAGGUCGGCUGCUUACAAAGCGUCAAUUGUUAUUCUUCUUGUUUUAAAAAAGGAAACUCGCAACUGCCUUGUCGUGGAAGGACUGCGUAUCUUUCUACAUUCUGUCUCUACCUUUUCCCCACCCCCUGGCUUUCCUGGCGCUGAUGCCCCCCUCCCAUGUAGAAGGCUUGGGAAGAUACGGCCCUUACCUGGAGGCAGGAAAGAAAAAGGGAACAAAUAAAUGCAACGGGAUCUAAAUACAAUUCCAGUGUUUAAAGGGUGUUAAUGGAGAGGAGGUCGAAUGACAGCCGGGACUGUGGUCAUCACAGGCGGAAUAUUAGCAACUGUCAUCUUACUGUGCAUCAUAGCAGUUCUCUGCUACUGUAGGCUCCAGUAUUAUUGCUGCAAGAAAGAAGAGUCAGAAGAUGAUGGCGACGAGCCCGACUUCGACAUGGAUUCCCACAUUCCCCCACUCCACUGCAACCGCAACGUGGCUCUGACAAAUGGCCCCUCCUUGUUCCACUCUUCCUCCCCCUCCUCCCCCUACAAGAAGCACUCCCAGUGCCAGACGGUCUGCCCCAACUGCUCCCACUACGAGCCCCCCACGUUCUUCCUCCAAGAGCCGGAGGAGGAGGAGGGAAUCCGGAACGGAGGUGACCUCAUCAACUACAAGGCCAUCAGCCAGGAAGACCUGGAGCUGCCGGUCAACCUGAGCGGCCUGCAGGCCCUCAACCCCAACCGCCUGUCGGCCAUGCGCGAGGCUUUCUCUCGCAGCCGCAGCAUCAGCACCGACGUCUGAUGGGCGCCGGGGUUGGCUACAGAGCCAUGGCUGCUGGCCCCCACGGGCACUGGGGAUGGCGUACCUAUCCCUCUAAGAAGGGUGUGGUUCCUUCCACCUCGUCCCUUACGUAUACCUUGUGGCUGUAAAAAACAACAACGCCGUCGCUCUUUUACAUGAAGAAAAAUCCAUGGAGAGUCUUUUAAAAUGAUGAAUGUAUUUAUAUGUUAAUUCGGGAUAAUUAUCUAUAUACCUAUUAACAAUGCAUUGUAUAAAGGGGGGCGGAUGAGGGCAAAGGUUUGAUGGGUGAAUCUAGAUUUUCUAAAGUUCAGUGUUGACAAUAAUUUCUUUUAUAUCUAUAUAUAUAUAUAUAUAUUAACAAAGAGAAGAUUUUGAUACAGGGCAUCCUUUUGUAAGCUUUUGACUGCAUCCCUUUUGAUUUGCCGCCAUUAAAGUCUGGGGGUCCCUGCAGCGUAGCUGUGGUGGAAGGGGGCAGGGCUAGGGCAACCCAAAUCUCCCCUCUGUGCCAACCCCACUCUCUUUUUCAUCUCCCAAGGGGCGACAAUCAACUAACCAUCAAAGCCACAAGCCACCUACCCAAUCCCUGCACAUGAUCUUAUCUCACCAGGACCCAGAACGCCUUCUGGGGAAAGAAUGGGGACUCUUAGAGGAAGGGCCUCUGGGCAUUGCUAUCCAUAGUGACAGGAGGCAGAGGAAGUCUCUGGGCAGGAUUAAUAGUUUAGGUCUUCUUCCUACCUUUUAAGCCAGGUGUGGGGAAACCUUUGGCUCUUCAGAUGUUACGGAACUCGAACUCCCAUAAUCUCUGGCCGCUGGCCAUGCUUUCUGGGGCUGUCGGGAGUUGUAGUUCAGCAAAACACCAAGAGAGCCAAAAGGUGCCCCACAUUUCCUUUAACCGAUUUAGCACUUUUCUGUUUUGGCAUGCUCCUCUCUCUCUCUCUCUCUCUCUCUCUCUCUCUCUCUCUCUCUUUUUAAACAUCCCACGUAAUUGGUCCUUUUGUUGGGUUUGGAACCAUUGCUCUGCGUUCGAGGUGGGUCAGAGGUAGCAGUCCUCUAGACAGGGGAGGCUGAUCUGUUUUGGACAAAUGGGGGGCUGGCCUACCAACCUCAGUCUGGGGCAGAUUCAUGCGGUUGCACUCAGGUCCUUGCUUGCCGGCUUCCCGUACUGGUUGGCCACUGUCAAAAGAGGAUGCUGGCCUAGGUUAUCUCCAGCAAGGCUCUUCUGAUGAUCUCAGCCAGCCCUCGCCUCUCCUGCUCUCAGUGUUGCCCUAGUAGAACUCAGCAAGGAGGAAGAGGAGGGUGGGGACAAAACUAGAACAAGUUGGCUCUGCCUCCACUGGGAAUAGUCAUCCAAGAUGCAAAAUACCCUUCGGUUACUCUUUUAAGCCAAUGGGCAUUAUUUUAAUAGGUGAGACACUUCUGUUAUGGCUCAGAGUCCCCCACUACCACCACCACCCCGAGCAUCCAGUUUGUAACUAGUUUCAAUAUCCUGACUGGGACGUGUCCUAUGAAGAGAAUCCAUGUCGCUGUGCUCAGUCUUUUUAAGUGAUCUGACGUAGUUGCAGCUGUUUCUGCAGAACUCUGGGUGAAUUUUGUACAACUCUUCUUAAAAGUUGCGUUUGUUUUGAUGACAUUUUUCUUUAAAAGGGGGGGGAUUUGUUGCAUUUAAAUUGUGACUGUGUUUAUCUUUGUAUUUUUUUCUUCUGUGCUUAUCUUUCUUUUUCAUCCACUUACCCCCUCCCCCGCUGUAUAUCUUGAAAAUUAAUUGAACCAUGUCAUGGGUUUCCAUUCACUUUGCCUUGUGCUUAAACUUGUACAGGUCUUCUGGACUCUUAAAAUCAAAACAGAAA